GGUGCCUCUCGCCCGCAGCUCUCCUUGCGCGGGAGACGCCCGGCGUUCCCGGGGCCCUGCCCUCUCCCAGCGCCCGGCCGCGGGCGGCCCAGCGGGCAUGGAGCGGCUGCAGGUGGAUGCGCAGGCUCUGGAGGAGUACGCGGAGUACCGGCGAAUUGUAGGUGAUGAUGAUGGAGGAAAGCUCUUUACUCCUGAGGAAUAUGAGGAGUACAAAAGAAAAGUAUUACCAGCUCGGCUACAGAACAGGUUGUACGUCAGCUGGAGAUCACCAACUGGUAUGGACUGUAAGCUUGUAGGACCAGAGACACUGUGCUUUUGCACUCACCGGUAUAAACAACACAAAACUGACUAUGAGGUGCUUCCCAAAGAGCGGCCUAUCUGUGUGCCUUGCAGAGUGAAACGCUGCCCGUGCCAGUCCUACCAGUUUGUGCCCCUGAAUGGCACCCAGCCCAUCCGCUGCCGCUGCAAACACUUCGCUGAUCAGCACAGUGCAGCACCUGGGUUUCCCUGUAACUCCUGUUCCAGGUGCUCAGGCUUUCAUAGCUGCUUUACCUGUGCAUGUGGUCAGCCAGCAUAUGCUCAUGAAACAGUCGUGGAAAGAAAAGAGGAGCGCUUAGCCCAAGGGAAGCCUGUGGGGCAUGAUGUUCCUUACGCUGCUAUGGGAGGACUGACUGGUUUUAGUUCUCUAGCAGAAGGCUACAUGAGGCUUGAUGACAGUGGAAUAGGUGCUCCUUCUGCUGCACUUUUAGAAGCCCCUAUUACUAGCACGGAUCAUCCAUUUCUAAAAGCAUUUCAGGGGCCUUCCAGUUCCACUCAAACCAUGCCGCAAAUGGCAGGUAGUUCAAGGGCCACAGGGCAAGUUUCUCAUGGAAAACAAUCAGAAGCUGAUGACAUGGCUUACUUUGAAAAACGUUAUCAGGAACGGCUGAAAAUGGAGAAAGCUGCUAAACGGAAUGAGAGGAAUCCAGUGCCCUCAAAGAAGCCAUGAGAUUAAUAAAUAUUUAUUUAUUAUUUGGCACAUUGUUCAUUAUUACAUUAAGUAUCUUUCUCUGUGCCUCCCCGCAUACUUGUAUUUAUUCAUUUAUUUAUUCCGUUGUUUUGUUCCUUUGCUGAAAUUAAUUUAAAAUUAUCUUGUUGUAAUAAAAUUGGUUUCUUUAAUCAAUGUGUUUCUAAUCUCCAGAACUGUUACACAGAUAUUUCUUUGAGAAUGGAGAAGCGUAUUUAGAGAGUUGCAGAACUGUUAUUUAAGUUCUGAGAGAACAACCUUGUGUUUAAAUAUUAGGUUGUAGGAGGGCAAAGAAAAGAUAUGUCUUAGACUUUCAUUAUAUAUUUUCUUUAUUUGUAGAGUCCUUUAAACUUAUCUUUCUUAUGGAUUUUUAUGUGGUGAGAUUUGUUCUGUUGAUACUGACAAUUUAAUAUUUUCUUUAAAUAUUUUCCCCCUUUCUGUUGAUUUCAUUGCCUUGACAUAAAAUUCAAACAUACCCUUCUUCUCUCACACUUCUGCAGUCUCUGUUCCUACCAUCAUAUAAAUAUUAAAAAAAAAAAAGUCAUUCUGUACACUUGCAAACCCGUUUCCACACUUAUGAGCUACUUGAAGGGAUCUUGCUGGUAUACAUUAUCCCAGAUCUCUUUGGUGGUACAAUUCUCCCAAUUCUUUUUGUCUGUCACUGUCCAUAACAAUUAUUACACUAAACUUCUGAAAACCUUAAGUGGAAAUGGAUAUAUUAUUUAUAGCAUGUAAAGCAACAAUUGCAUACUGUUUGGUACAAACUUAUUUAUCCAACAGAUUCAUCCUGUCUAACCCAACAAAGAGUGGAUCAUCUCAAGGAGAUGUGCUUUUGUAUUCUUUGUCCAUAUUCACAGCUGUGGCAACAUAGGUUGUAUCAAAGGUAGUGGGCAGGAAAAUAUAAAAUUUAGUGAUUGUGUGGUGGUUUAAUUCUGCAAAGCAGCACAGCAAGAACUUGGAACAGAGUAACUGGCACGGAGUGCAGCUUAGGAGGCAAAAGCAAAGCCUGAGUUAACUUAUUCUCCUUUGAGAACAGAGAGGUGUAAGUCAGUUUGUUCUUAAAAAUACCUGAAGAUGUCUCUUGGAUUGGAAACUUUACGGGGGUGGGGGGAUGUGUACUGAGACUCUACAGCAAGAAUUGGGAGAAGCCUACAAAGCUUUAUUUCCCAUUGGAAAUAAUGCCUCUAUGUGCCUGAUGGGCAAAGGAAAAGAGGUGGGUUUGAAGGCAUUUAUUGCAGGGCAACUUGGUUUCUGUUCAGGUAUCAGCUGCAGUGUCGGGGCUCAGUUUUAAGGGAGCCUUUUACCUUAACUCUGACCUAUACUGCCGCUACUGCAGAUGCCAAUCAGAGAGGCUAAUCUGCUACUUUAAUUUAAAUGCACGAUGCAUCAAAGUGUCUAACUAGUGCUUUGAAAGUACCUUUACUGUUAAAUUCUACAGUUACAUGCUGCUUUAGCCUAAUAAAUGAAAGUACUGAUUUGAGCUCCCUCUUCUGGCCCUGGCAGGCAAUCCAUUCUACACAUCCUCUGCUUGGUCUUGAAAAUAAAUGGGGUUUUCACAGUGUAAUCACAAGAAACAAACAAAUACAAAUAGCAUUCAUAAAGAAAAGUAAAUAAAAAUACAGGAAAAAAUUAUCUCUGUUUUUCAAAGAGAUUAUUACAAGCUUAAUAGUGGAAGUUCGCUCCAGUUUCCUACUUAUCCCCAUGACUUUACCCAUGAGGGAAUGCAGUUCUGGAAAUCUAUGCGUGUCUUGCAGCAGUGAGCUUUCUCACAGCAAAAUAUUGCUAAAGAGAGAGGUUUUAAUAAUUACAAAAAGCUUUUAUUUUGUGGGGUUUUUUGAUACUGAUAACAUAACUUUCAGGAAAUAAUGUAAUUUUUUACAUCUUGAAUUGACAAUAUUUGUCUGUUAUUUGUCUGCCAAAUUCAGUCCUACUAAACUGUACUUUGAUCAUCACAAACUGGUUUUACUAAGGUAAUUUAAAAAAAUUUAUUCUGUGCUUUAACUUUUUUGAUGUUGCCACUCUAAAGAUAAAAAAAAGUCAUCACAUUUAUUUGAUGAUAUUUAGUUUUAGUUGGAAAACAGGUUCGAUCAUAAAAAUAUCAAUGGCAUUAAAUAUUGCUUAGGAGUUCUGACCACUUUUCACUCAUGUUGAUGAUGUCCAAGGAAAAGAAACUCUCCGUCCUUACUAGAAGGCAUGUUUUUGACUUCUUAGUAUUUGCAUAGUACUUUUUGCUGAAAUUUUAUUGGCAUCUAUACAUGAAAAACCAGCUACAAUAUAUCUCAUAACUUUGCUGGCUGUGAAAACUGGAUACUGAUGUCAUAUCUUAAGUGAAAUUUAACUUUAUCCUAAAAACCAAUAAUCAUUUUGUAGGAUCACAAUUCCAACCACCAAUUCUAUUGAAAAAUUUCUUUAUACAUCUGUUAGAAAAGAAUUUUUUUUUUUUAAAUUAUGAAAGCAGAGAGCAAAUGCUAGUGUGUGUGCCAUUAGCAGUGUUCAUUAAAUAAAGAGCUUGGUUUAACAGGUACUCGCUGAUGGUUUGUUUUCCUGAGAGCAGCCAUGAACUUUGAACAAAAUAUCAUGGGACAGAUAAGUUACCAAUUCAUCUGUGCGAUUUAUUGGGCGGGCGUAGAGCUGUCGUUCAGCUGGAAGCAUUAACUGUUUCUGACCCUAAUCCAAGGAAUCAGGCACGGGGAAAAGGGUUUGUUCUCAUCCACACGAGUGCUCUAAGCCAUUAAAGCCUAAUUGCACAGGCCCUGGGCAAUGCUUAAGCAUGUCUUAUUUUUAAAAUAGGUGGCUUUCAAGUCAGUGUUUUGCCAUUAUUACAACUUUCCUAGAGUGUGCAACAGCAUUUUAUCACUAGUUUUGAUCAUCCUGUGGAAAGGCUUAGAUGCACCUUAUGUUUAUGAUAGUGGACACUGGUCAGUGAUCCUAAGUGGAGCGCGAGGAGCUCCUCCCUGUUCCGUGUGUUUCUGUGCUAAAUACAAACCACGUCUGUCUGUCUCAGGUUUGGGAGCGAGGGGAACGCGACGUGUGAAUUCACAACCAGUAAUGGCAUCCGUGCAGUUACUUUGUCAAGUUGUCAGUGUCUUUACAGCAUGUUGUGCAUACUAAAUGGUUGGCAGGUCUCAUGACUGUAUGUCCCCGAGCCUCUCUAGAAGUAGUUUGUAGCCAUGUGGCCUAAGAAAAGAGACAACUUUGCAGGUAGUGAUAGUAUUUGUUCUUAGCACAAAUAUAAUUGAAAAAAAUCCAACAAAGGUUUUCCAGUCUAAAAGACCUUGCACAGGUGUGCCUGUUACGGGGUUUUUUGUAACUAAAUAUACUAUUUUUGUCUAGAGGCCUACUCUUGCUUUGGAGCCUUUAGCAUCUCUCUUCUGGUAGAAGGAAUUGUUACGUGCUUUACACUGGUUUUAGCUCUGAUUUUAUAUUCACUGUACCCAUACUGGCAUGGCUGGGCACUGAUCCCACGGGCUCCUUUAGUUACCUCCCUAGGGAAGGUCCCAGGCUCAGCCAUAACCUGUCACCUGUGUGAUGCUGUGUCACAAGCAGAGUGGAAGGCUCACACAAAGGUUAUUAGUUGACUCACGAGGUGCAGAAAGGACCCCCUUUCUUUCUGAACUUCUCAGAGAGGAGUCUAGGUGGGACUGGAUCCAAUCUUAGCCCCAGACCCAGUCAACAGUUUAUGUCUAAAGGAUUAUACAGGUGCAAUUGGACCUUUGUACAACUUUGUCCUGUGGAAUUAAGGACGGCAAACCAGAUAUAUUUAUAUAAAAUAUUUAGUUUAUUAUGAUAAUAAUUAGAUGAAAAUAUCUUAAUCAUAAUUAUUUACUCCACAGGGUAGAAGCUGUAACUACUAGCACAGUCUAGUGCACUGUUUUUAAGCAAUAUUGGAGCAAUUUCAGGAAAGCUAGCAAAAGCAAUUAAUAAGUAGAGAUUGAUUUGUCACACCAAAGACCGUGGGCAAAUCUCUUUUGCUCAGCCUUGAGAAAUAACCUUGAGAGGCAACCCCAACCCAAAAGAGGAUCUCCACACACACUCCAAGAAGGGUCAGAAGACCCUGCUAUUAAAGAGUGGGACUGGUCACCCAGAUGUGUCCAGGCCAGCUGUGUCAGUUCAGCAGCUUUAGAUAAGUUAUCAGUAGUAUCACUUUUUUGUUCCUUUAUCAGGCACUUCACCAGGCCAGCUACAUCUUCACCUCACUCUCAGGAUGUUUAACUUUGGAGCUAAUGAGUCAGUCUGCUUUCAGCAUUAUUCAACACCAAAAGCAGCAUGGAUAGCUUUACAAAUAGGGCUGUGUUAAAGUUGGUUUACUCCAUUCCAGACAGAGUAUCCUGUUACACACUGGCUGAGCACAGUUCAAAACUAUUUGAUUCUAACUGAGGUGUUUAAUCUUAUCCUCCCUCUCCCAUCAAGUUUCUGUUUAAGUGAGAAAAAAAGAUAACAUUUAAUUUUGGAAAAAGAAAAAUAAUCUAAUUCAGAUUUCAGAAUUUGAAGUACUGUUAUUCCCCUUCAAAUUUACAUCAGUUAUUCUUUACUGAAAUGUCACAAAGAAUUGUUCAUCAAAUGAACACAUGAUGAAUGAGAAUCUGUUGCACAAAUAAGUUUGUAACUAUGCUUCCUUGAAUAUUUGGUAGGCCAAAAAAUUAAAUAAAUUGAGAGAUAAAAUAUUUGCUGUUGAUUGAAGAAUACUGUAGGAGGCAGUCGGAGUCCUGCUGGGAGUCGAUCUCCUGCCCUAAAAUCGUCAAUUUUUGUGUAGAUGGGCAAGAGGAUGUUGGAAGGGGGGAGUGAGAAAAAGUAAAUUCCCCCCAAAAUUAAUAGUUUUCUUUAAUGUGAGGGUUGUAGCAAGGAGAGGGAAAAAUCCAGGAGUGCCACAGGUUGCCUUUCCUCUUUGGUCUGCUGGCUAAUUGGUGUGCGCAUAUUGGUCAGAAUCUGUGUAGCUUUGAGCCAGCUGGAGGAGGUAAUGCUGGUCAUCAUGUCCCCAGUAGGAAUUUGGGGAGGUGGGCCAAACUUUACUCACUCUGUUUAUGGAAUAACUUUUGCUAAUAAUUAUAUGUAAUUGUCAUAGGUAAUUCUCCUUUGGGUUCUCUUUCUGGCAUUCUGAGACUCAGAGUGUUUUCUUUAAUAUUCUAAAGUACAGAGGUUAGGAGUGUGCUUCUAAGGUUAUUGAAAUGUUCCGUUGCAUAGGUGUUUUCUUUCCAGCUCCAAACUCUGGAUCCUUUCCUUUGAAUUACAGGUAGAAUGUUGUCUACCAAAAGCCAUGUUUCUGGAAUUGUCCUGGUUUUACAGUGGUUCAGAUACCAAGUUAUAACUGCAGAAACGAUGCUUCUCUCAGCCAACCCAAACCCCGAGUCUUGCAUGUAAGGAGAAUGAGGGGUGUGCCAGAACUGCUGUCUCCCUUGAUUAAGGAGAGAAAGAGAAUGGAUACCACACACAUGCUAACAUUUGUGAGAAAGGAUUGAUAAGUAAGAUUUGCAUACUGCUAGCUGGUAAUUAAACUGCUAAAAAUGUUCAUUGCAAACUAUUUCUCUGAGGUACAUUACCUGUCCUGAUCCGAUUCAUUAAUUCUUGGAAGAAGAUGAGACCUGGCUUGCAAAUGCACCUAAAAUUAUAAAGACUGAAAGCUCAAGGUGGGGCAUUACUUGUCUUAACAGCAGUGCCACUGUUUUGAUUUAAUUUUUGGCUGUUGUAAGCCAUCAAGCAUCUAUGAAAAAUGACAGCUAAUAACUUGUAUUUUCUCUCCACACUUUGAAUGUCAGUAAAUGUAAUGACUUCUUGAAAACAAGUUGUGCGUUGACUGAAGCAUGUCCUAGGACUAACACA